AUGGCGGUCAGCCGUCUACGCCUGCCCUUGCGUCUCUGCUCGGUCGCAUGCCUGGCAAUGGUUUUGGCCCUGGGCUAUAUCCUGCUCCGGAGUCCCCUUCUGAUGGAGGCGUCUGCCGAGGCUCCCAUACCACGCCCCGUCCCGGCCGGGAAUCGUGACAGACACGCACACAAGGCCGACGGUGCCGGCUCUACCAAGUACUUCUCCGAGCCGGGGGGCAGCUACAACCUCGUGCACUACGACUCGAGAUACUUCCAGAGGGAGCUGGAUGCCGCGGAGCGACGCGCCGCCCUGCGAGCCCUCAUCCGCAGCUACCUGAGUCUCACAAGCCAUUACAACAUCGAGACGUGGCUGGCGCACGGCACCCUGAUGGGAUGGUGGUGGGGGGGCCGCAUUCUUCCCUGGGAUUCCGACAUUGACGUCCAGCUCUCCUUCGAGACCCUGGACCUUCUCGCCCGAGAAUUCAACUUCACCGAGUUUCGGUACGACCUGCCUCCCGCCCAUGGCCGGCCCGCCUCCAGGACCUACCUGCUCGACAUCAACCCCUACUACAGCGAGCCCGGCAUCGGUGACGGCAAUAACGUCAUUGACGCCCGAUGGAUCGACACCGAAACCGGCAUGUUUGUCGACAUCACGGCCCUGCGACGCGAGGACGACGGCUCAGGCGCAUGGGCCUGCAAGGACGGCCACCGCUACUCCGGCACAGACCUGUGGCCGCUGAAGGAAUCCGAGCUUGAGGGGGUCAGGGCCUUGGUUCCUGCCCAGUCGACCCUCCUUCUUCGCCGCGAGUACGGCGACGACAGCACCAAGAAAGAGGAGUACGAGGGACACCACUGGGACCAUCAUCUCCGACUAUGGGUACAGGACGUAAACAAGUAG